AUGUGCUGGAACUGUCAAGGUAUAGGGAGCGACCUGACAGUUCGUCGUCUACGGGAGUUCCGAUCCAAAAACUCCCCGGACAUAAUGUUCUUGAUGGAAACAAAGAGACAAGAUGCAGAGAUCUACAAGAUGUACAAGGGUACAGAUUUUAAAAAUCUAUUCACAGUCCCGCCAAUUGGAAUGAGCGGAGGACUUGCCCUAGCUUGGAAAGACAAUGUUGAGAUUGAGAUCCUGUUUUCUUCGCCUAAUGUAAUCGAUACAAAAAUAAUUUUCAAUAAUAAAACUUUCUUUGUAUCGUAUAUCUAUGGGGCACCAAAUAGAGAAGAAUGGCCCAAGUUUUGGGAAUUCAUGGCGGACCUCGGUGCUCAUCGUUCAUCAGUCUGGUUGAUUACCGGGGAUUUUAACGACCUAUUAGACAACUCCGAGAAGGUGGUAGGACCCUUGAGGUGGGAAGGAUCUUUGCUAUCCUUUAGGAACUUUGUUUCACAAAAUGGCAUGUGGGAUCUUCAGUUCUCGGGCAAUUCACUCUCAUGGAGAGGCACCAGGUACUCUCACUUCAUCCAAUCGCGUCUAGACCGUGCAAUGGCGAACCUAGACUGGAUGGAAAUGUUUCCGGCAUGCCGGAGUGAGUAUCUACGGAGGAAUCUGGUUGAAUGGGCAAAACAACAAACGACAGUCUCAAAGGAGUGGAUCUGCUCCAACCAGAACCUUUUAGAAGAAGCUCUCUCUGCAACCAACCCGAAUACUGAGCUCAUUGACUCUCUAAAACAGAUUCUGGCGAAAGCUUAUGAAGAAGAAGAAUCCUUCUGGCGUCAACGCAAUCGGAUUCAGUGGCUAAAUGAAGGAGAUAAGAAUUCAGGUUUUUUCCAUGCUACCCUCUUCACAUCAGGUUACACUGAUGCCAACAGUGUAGUAAACGAAGCGCUGACACCAAAGAUUUCACCGGAAAUGAACCAGUGUUUGAUCGCGCUACCGGACAAAGUGGAAGUUCAAGCUGCAGUCUUCUCAAUUAAUCCCGAUAAGGCACAAGUGCCGGAUGGGUUCUCAGCCGGAUUCUACCAAGCUUUUUGGGAUGUGAUUGGGGAUGAUAUCUACCGGGAUGUUAGACAGUUCUUUGAAACAAGACAGCUUCCCCCGCGACAGAAUGAGACACACGUUUGGCUGAUCCCCAAGAUAAUGGGGGCGAAGAAAGUCUUGGAAUAUAGACCCAUAGCGUUGUGUAAUACACAGUACAAGAUAGUUGCUAAGAUUCUCUCAAGAAGACUCAAGCAACUACUGCUAAAUGACCUGAUAUCUCCGUCUCAGUCAGCGUUGUGUUGCGGGCCGUAUGGUGCAAAGAAAUAUGUCUCUAUGGCGGUUAAAACCAAUAUGAGCAAGGCAUAUAACCGGAUUGAGUGGGAAUUUUUGCGAUUAGUGCUUCAGAAACUUGGUUUCCACGAGAUUUGGAUAGAAUGGGUUUUGGAGUGUGUCUCUUCGGUUUCAUAUUCGUUUCUCAUAAACGGUGGGCCGCAAGGGCGAGUCAAGCCAUCCAGAGGACUCCGACAAGGAGAUCCGCUAUUCCCAUACCUGUUCAUACUCUGUACCGAAGUACUCUCAGGUAUGUGUGAUAAAGCUCUAGCAAAUGGUAGUUUCCCAGGAAUAAAGAAGUAUGAGAGUGCCUCAUCUCAAUGUAUUAACCGUGGGAAGUCUUCCAUUACCUUCUCCUCGAAAACUACCAGCACUGCGAAGGACAGAGUAAAGAGAGAUAUAAAUAUCGGUAAUGAAGGCGGGAUAGGAAAGUAUCUCGGACUCCCGGAACACUUCAGCCGGAAAAAGCGCGACAUCUUUGCAUCAAUCGUCGACAGAAUCCGCCAGAAAGCACAUGGUUGGACGACGAGAUUCCUGUCCAAUGCGGGGAAGAUGGUGCUUCUAAAAUCAGUCCUAGCCGCUAUGCCCACUUAUGCCAUGUCGUGCUUCAAGUUACCGAAAUAUCUAUGCAAGCAAAUACAAGCUGUGCUCACAAGGUUUUGGUGGGAUAUGAAACCGGAGGUGAGGAAGCUAUGUAACCUCUUAGACUGUUAUGCUCCAAAUUCUGCUUCACAUGGUUGGAGAGGGAUACUGGCUGGACGCGACAUUAUCAUGAAGGGAAUGGGUUGGGUUAUAGGCAAUGGUGAACUGGUCUCAGUCUGGCGGGACAACUGGCUCUCAACCGCACAACAGAUGAGCCCCAUUGGACCUCCCUCAAGCGAGGAAGUAGACAUGAGGGUCAAAGAUCUUCUCCUCCCUGAUGGCUCAGACUGGAAUUUGGAACAGAUUCACAAAUAUCUACCUCAGUAUGAGAGUCAUAUCAGGAAGAUCAUGCCAUGUCCGUCGAUGCAUGAUGAGAGGGUUUGGUUGGGAGAAAAAUCAGGAGCCUAUUCGACAAGAUCAGGCUACACCUUAGCUAAAGUAAAUGCGGGGGACUCAAACUCUGAUUUUAACUGGAAGAACUGCAUCUGGAAUGUGAAGUGCUCCCCCAAACUCCACCUCUUCCUCUGGAAGCUGAAGAAUAAUGCUCUAGCAGUUGGAGAAACGCUUGUAAAAAGGGGAAUUACAGCGGAAGGAGAAUGCAAGAGAUGUGGUGACAUAGAAUCAGCUUUCCAUGUGAUGUUCUCAUGCCCUGUCGCAAAACGAGUGUGGAAACUCGCCCCUGCUUUGUUUGUUCCAGCCCCGGAGUCAGCCCAACCUCAGCACAAAGUUAACUCUGUUUCGCCCAAAGACUGUCAACCACCGAACCAGAACUCGCUAUCCCUACAUCUACCUCAAAACGCCCUUCUCAUCUUUUCAGACGCUGCUUGGAAUAGCACCACCUGUGACAGCGGUUUGGGAUGGGUUGCCACUGAUAUAAAUGGAGCUGUAAGUUUCCAAGGGUCAUCGAGUCGCCGUUAUGUUGCAUCAGUCUUGGUAGCACUGGCUCUAAAACCAGGCCUACAACAGGCUGUUUCAUUGGGGUACAAGGACGCAGUCUGUUUAUCAGACUCUCGCUGUCUAGUUGGCCUCACAGGAAACUCUUCUGUGAUCUCAAUUCAAGGACUGCUUCAUGACAUCUGCGUGUUGAGCAGUUCCUUCAACUCUAUCUCCUUUAAGUUUAUCUCUCGAGCUUAUAAUUCUGCUGCUGAUUGUAGUGCGAAGAAUGCUCUGUUUGUACUUUCUAACUCACCCAGUGGGAUGAGGAACUCUUUGGCUGAUAACGUUUAA